CGUUUGAUAUAUCCGAGUAAAAAAAGAAAAAGAUGUAUUUUGAAGAGUGAUUACGUAUCGUUGACACAGUUGCACGGUGGAUGCAAGAAAAGUGUGUCGUUAUGCUCCCUCCUGUGUACCCCACUGAUAAUCUCAGUGUCGUUGAUUAAUCGAGCGAACGGCUAAGUUUCUUGAUACGCAGUGACAUCAAUAAGCGAUGACCAGUGAUCACGCGAGUGCACGUCGUUGUUCCGCCUCGCAGUUUCGUAACGAGUAUCUCGCGAGUGACAGAGGAAACCGCCAAAGGAUCUACAUGGAUCGACUCGGUGUACCGGUGCACCGCGGAAGAGCGAACAAUGGAUAUGAGAAGAGCAGAGGCUAAGUAGCAGGCUGCAGGUACAGGAACGGAGAGGGCGAAGCAACAGGAAAGAAAGAGCGGAUCGAGCGAGAAGGAACCGAAGAAGAAGAAGAAGAAGAAGAAGAAGAAGAAAUCGAACGAAAAAUCUUUCCUUUCGAACGAGAAGUCAAAUCUAACGACAGAAGAAAGAAAGAAGGGAAAAAAGAACGGAAGAACGGGGCAAGUAACAAGUAUCUUCAGGAAGAAGAAUAAAAGACGAAAAAUUUGGAGAAAUUUAAAGAAGGGAAGAGAAGAGCGGAUAGAAAGAGAAAGAGAGGAAAAAUGAAGGAGAUCGGAUUAUGGACGCUUAUUUGGACAGUGAGUGUAAUAACGGGUAUGGGCGUUGCACAAACAUCGCAACUAUGCCCAUCUCACACCGAAAUCUCGCCCUGUUCCUGCACCCUGAAGAAAUCCGGAUUGGACAUCAUAUGCGAGUACACGGAUCUAUCGCACAUCUCCAAUGUGAUGACCUCUCUCAAAGGAAGGACCAACACUGUCAUCUUCUAUCUCAGGCUCAGGCACAACAAUCUGCCCAAAUUGCAGCCUUACGUGUUCCUCGGCCUCGACAUCCGCCAUUUGACCAUCCACAACAGCAGCCUGGCGAAGCUCGAGGAAUCGUCCUUGAGUUCCGUCGGAAGUGGGCUGACGCAAUUAGACCUCUCGCAAAACGCUUUGGCCUCGAUCCCGUCUAGCGCGUUGAAGGAGCUUCACCAUCUACUUAUCUUGAAUUUGAACCGCAACAAGAUCAAGGCCAUCCAUAAAAAUGCUUUCGAUGGAUUGGACACACUCGAGAUUCUUUCCCUCUACGAGAACGAGAUCUCCAUCAUAGAAGAGGACGCCUUCACAGGAUUGCACGAUCGAAAGCUGAGGAGAUUGAAUCUGGGAGGAAACGAGUUGACCAAAGUGCCGACGCAAGCGCUCCGCACUCUGAAUAUGUUGAAAAAGUUGGAGAUGCAAGAGAAUAGGAUCGCUUCCAUUCAGGAAGGUGAUUUUGAAGGCCUGGAAAGCCUGGACUCGUUAGGAUUGGCGCACAAUCGGCUCCGCGAGGUACCCACCCGUGUCUUCUCCCACAUGACGCAAUUAAACUCUUUGGAACUGGACGGGAAUCAAAUUACCCACGUGGAUCCGAAUGCGUUCAUCGGUCUCGAGGAGAACCUGCAAUAUUUGCGACUGGGCGAUAAUAAUUUACACUCGGUGCCGAGCGAUGCGUUACGCCGUCUGCAUCGAUUACGUCACCUCGAUUUAAAGGCCAAUAACAUUACCGCGCUCUCGGAGGACGCUUUCACCGGAUACGGGGACUCCAUUACGUUUCUCAACCUCCAGAAGAACUUGAUCAAAAUAUUGCCACCGGUGGUCUUCGAAAAUUUGAACUCGUUGGAAACGUUGAAUCUGCAAAACAACAAGCUCGUGCACAUACCGGAGGAGGUGACUGAAAAUAUCGUGGAUACAUUGCGACACAUCGAUAUCACGGACAAUCCUCUGGUUUGCGACUGUGAGCUACGAUGGUAUUCCAUUUGGUUGGGAAAUCUACGCGACAAGGAUGACGAGAGGAUGUCGAGGAAGCACACGGUGUGCACCAUGGUCAGCGAGAACCGAGAGUAUUCUGUUCAGAAUAUACCGUUGGAGAGAAUGGGUUGCGUCGGGAAGAACGCUGGAAGAACCUCGUCGAUGGGCACCUGUCACGUUUACACCGAUACGAUGUUACGAUUACUGAUCGUCGCCGUUGCUAUACUCUAACUGCGAUGUCCGAUCGUGUGAUGCGCUCGGACACCUCAGUUUCCUCAAACGCGAACCUGUGUCCCCCUGAUUCGCGCG